AGUCGAUCGCGGCGCGCGCGCACGGCACUCGUGUACUAGAAGCGAGUCGCUUUUUCAGAUUCGAAUAAUCGAAUAGUGAAUUAGAGGUCUUCGCUUAGUUUUACGUUGUGACCUGGAGCCGCCGAAUAACAAUAGCCUGAAAACUUUUUUAAAAUGUCUUUGUUAAUCUUACCUGAAAAAGUGGACAUGUCCUUAUCAAUACAGUAGACUCGAACAGGCGCUACGUCCAGGAGUGCAGCUGGGGUUACGAGAUGAACAGCAAGUCCCUGUGGAUGUUUUUGCUGAUCUUGCAAUGUGGAAUCGUAACACCGAGACCUACCCAAAGUCAAGGAGAACCAGACCACUUCACGCACCAACAAUACUCCUACGAUGCUCUCAACAAACCAAAAGAUGAAAGCAACAACGAUCAAGUGAUUUCUGUGCGAAUCACUUCGUCAGUCGCAGUCGGUGGAAUAAAAACAAAAAGUGAUUUUAAUAAUACCGAAAAUACUCAAGAAAGCUUAAAACAAAACACUUUUCCAACUUCGCUUACUACUACUUAUGCAACGCCGUCCAUCAACAACAUAGAAAUAAAAGAAACAGUAACGACUGAAUUACCACCAAAUUUAAUAGGAGCUAAUAUAGAAUUUAUAAGACAGUUGAAUGCUAAGAAAGAAGCAAAAGGCCAUCAUACAUUAGAUCAAGUUCACCCUUUCCAGUUUCAUCAAGAUUUAAAUGGAACUGAAAAUACGGAACCAGCUCCCAUCACUCCAUCAACUAAUUUUGAAAAUCAAGAUGAAGACUCCAUUGCUGAACCAUCGAUCAAAAAUAUUUUGGGUAUAGACGACAAAAGUUAUGAAUAUAAAAGUAUAUCAGAAGUUAAACCAAUGGUGCAAUCACCUCCUCAUAACCAAGUGAAUAAAAAAGAUGUAAACAAUGUAGCUCAAAGUUAUAUCCCUGGUACAGAACCAAUAUUUGAUUUGCAUAAUAAUAAUGAUACAGACGACUCAAUAGCGGCAUCCUCAGUUGAAUCCAUAAUAACUGCAGAAAAUGAAGAUAAAGAUGUUGAGAAUUUAGAAAAUGUCCCACUCGCCAGAUCUAUACCAUUCUCGCCGUCCUCAAAAAAUUAUAUUCAAGGUCUAACGAACAAAGCGCCAAGUGAAAGGGGGAACAGUGUAAGUUUGACGACAGUAAGUUUUGAUAUAGUGCACGAGACGCCUAAGCAACCUACUAAUUAUAAUAAUAUGCCCAGUACUACAUACACUCACUCCGAUCAAGGUUCUAGUAAUUCAAACCAAUUUUAUGAAACGCCUAAAGUAUACAGUCAGCCGGCACAGAUCUAUAGUGAGCCUGCCAAGUUUUAUAGUGAACCAGCAAAGAUAUAUAGUGAACCUGCCAAGAUUUAUAGUGAACCGGCUAAAGUUUAUAGUGAACCUGCAAAAAUUUACAGUGAACCAGCAAAGUUCUACAGUCCAGCCGCAUCGUUAAAUCUUCCUCCAGAGACUCUUCCUAACUACACGCCUUGGCAAGUCUCUUCGCAAAAUACGGCUAUCCCUACCACUAUCCCUACUACGCCUACCGUAGUUCCACUGCCCUCAGAUAUACCCAGUUCUCAAAGGGCCGUAGAACAACGCCCGGAAAAAAACUAUGAGGUGGAUGAAAAAGUUAGUGUUAUAACUGAUGGCCGCAGCCAUGGUGUCCAGGAAUCCAGUACGGAGAAAUGUAAACAAGAGAAUUGUAAAGUCGGCUACGUGGUUGAGGGUCGGCAGUACAAAAAAUACCGAGUCGAGGAAAGAACUCCUGAUGGUUUUAUUGUUGGUGAAUAUGGUGUAGUCAGAAACGAAGACGGUGCCUUGCGAGGUGUUCGGUAUACGGCAGACGGUGACGCUAGCCCCCGGCUCAUAUACGAUGCAUUAAUGAAGUUCCUACAGCUGUAAUAGGUAGUUCAUAAGAAAACCGAUGUGAAAUGCAAUAAAGCAAAUGAAACUUCAAA